AGGCAUGGCAAGAUUCACCGAUGCGUGUCGGAACAUCGGAACGACCUGUUGGAUACGGUUGCAUCGAUUUGCAAACGUCUGCAUCGGUAAAAACCGCACAUAAACUCGAGAUGCAUCGUAUCAAAACUACCUGCAUCGAUACAAACUGAUUAUUAUCUUCUAUUAUUAUAACUUUUUAGAAACGUGUCUUUGAGUUUUAGUUGCGUUUCUUUCCAUCCCUGUUGCCUACUGCGUGCAUGCUAGUCUCUCUGCCACUCAAGUCUCGCCCGAAGCCUCGCGCGAGUAGGAGGGUCUAAACUUGCUUUCGAAGAGGACAGAGGCGGCAAGCUAGAAACCACGUUAGCAUGGAGGAAAACGAAACAGAGAGAAUACAUUCGGUUACGCGCUUUAGGUCAACGGUAUGGAAAGACUUUGGCUUCUACAAACGAGAUGGAGAGUUGGACAAGACAAUGGCCAUAUGUAAACACUGCAGAACAGAGGUACGAUAUACAGGCAGCACAACAAAUAUGUCGCAACAUCUGAAGCGGCACCACAGUACAGUAGUUCAGUCCCCGGAGACGUCAGCUAGCAGUGCUACUCCAACAACUUCACGUGAGCCACGAAUACCUCAUUUUUUUCAAGCGCCACUUGCAAGCAAUUCUGCCCGGGCGAAUUCUAUCACGGACGCCUUAUCUUUCUUCCUCUGCAAAGGCAUCCAACCGUACAACAUUACAGCAAACGAGGGAUUCAAAUACCUGCUUGAAGUGUUGGAGCCAAGGUAUAGCAUACCAGACAGAAGGGUGUUUUCGGACCGAAUAGUUCCUGCGCUUUACGAGAAAGUGAAAGUGGAUGUUCUCAGCUCAAUGGGUCGUGCACAGAGGGUGUCAAUAACGGUUGAUGGUUGGACCUCCUGUGCCACUGAUUCUUACAUUACUGUUACGGCACACUACGUGAACGAAGAGUGGGACAUGCAGUCUCACGUCCUGCAAACGCGAGUGUUUAAUGAGUCUCACACUGGGGUCAACUUGGCUGCGUUGCUGCAAGAUGUACUUCGCGAGUGGAACCUCGGAGAAAAAAAAACCUGCCUUGGUGACAGACAACGCAAGAAACAUGCUAGUGGCAGGGGCUGGCGCAGAGAUAACACCCCAUGUCCGAUGCGUAGCCCACACAUUAAACUUGGCCUCGCAAAAGGCACUGAAGGUGGACAGGGUGUCCGAAUUGUUGGUGAAGGUGAGGAAGGUUGUUGCAUACUUCCAUAAAAGCCCACAAGCAGCUGAGGUUUUGAGGGAAAUUCAGUCCCAGCUACGCCUACCCAACCACAAACUUAUUCACGAUGUCUGUACAAGAUGGAACAGCUCUGUGGACAUGCUGGAGAGAUUCUGGGAGCAACAUCCUGCUCUGUUGAACGCUAUGCUGUCGAGAAGGAUCAGGAGGGGAGAGGGCCUGUUAGCAGUGAAUGAGGACGACAUGACUCUGAUCCAGGAAAUCAUCAAGCUGAUGUCCCCUGUCAAAGUGGCCACCACACUUUUGAGUGAAGAAAAAAGCCCAACCAUCUCAAUGAUCGCCCCAAUACAAGCCAAACUCCACAAACACUUCUCCGAAGACAACACUGACCUGCCAAUCAUUGCAGAUAUGAAGCAGCGCUUCAGACAAGAUUUUUUUGAUCGUUACUUGGAUCUCCAAGAACUCCUCUACAAUGCAUCGGGCCUUGAUCCCAGAUUCAAAGACCUGGCUUUCCUUGAUGUGGACUCCAGAGACCUCAUCUUCAUGAAAAUAACAUCUGAGGUGGUGAAGAUGAACGAGCAGACAGGAGACAGUGCUGCACUGUAUGAAGGAGAGGCAGAUGAGGGAGGCAGCGACGGAAGCCCCAGCAGGGAACGGAGAGAUGAUGAUGCCUCGCCCUCUCCUAAAAAGAAGACUGCCAUGGACCAGCUGUUUGGAGAGUUCAUCACCACAAGAACGCCAUUGAAGACCAUGAGGGAGAAAGCUAAGGAUGAAAUUUUAAAAUACAGAGAGAGAGAUUCCUUAGAACUAGGCGGUGAUGUGUUGCAGUGGUGGAAAGGGCAGGUGGACCUGCCACUCCUUUCAGCUUUAGCUAAGGAUUACUUGUCCAUUCCAGCAACUAGUGUGAGCUCUGAGCGUGUCUUUAGCAGUGCAGGGAAUAUUGUCACUGCCCAACGUAGUCUCCUGCACCCUGACCAUGUUGAUCAAUUGAUCUUUCUUAAAAAGAAUUUGAAAAAGACCCAUCUGGGUUAAAUGUUGGGAUUCACUUGUCUUAAUUUACAUAUGGGGAACUGUUACUCCCUUGUUAUGAUCAUUUGUUCAGAAUGAUUAAUCAUUUUACAGAGGCACAGAGGUAAUGAGUAUACCACUUUUGAAACGUAACAUUUUGAACUAUAUUUCAAUAAGUAGACAUGUUAUUUUCAAAAUGUGCACUGAGUAAAUGGAAAAUGACAUUUCAGUUAGAUUAUUAACCUUAGUUUGCUCUUCAGAUAUUGUAUGCACAUUUUGGACAUACCAUUUUUACCUAUGCACAUUUUGGAAAUUACUUGUGUGCCUAUUAGAAUAUUGUUCAAAAUGUUGCUUUUCAAAUGGGGUGUACUUGUCAAUGGUGUGCAUUGUAUAUUUGGGGGAAAAUGCGAUGUGUCCCUGUGUUAAGUUUUUCUUUUAGUUUUUAUAAUAGAUGGAAUAUCCUGGCCUGCACCUUUUGUAUAAGGGCAUUUUAUUUGUUUUACCUCAUGUAUAAACUUCAAGCACUUUUUUAAAGGCUUAACUGGAAAAUGUGCCUUUGUGCCUUUGCUUUAAUUGUUGGACAACAUGCACUUCAGAGAAAUCUUAUUUUUGUUUGAAGUUUAUACUUAUAAAGUUUCAGAGAGACAAUCACUCUCUAAUUUGCACUUCCUUUGUUUCAAAAUAAAAGGCACAGUUAGCUUGCGUGCCAUAACUUGAA